UAUACACACUAGGCCGAUAUUCCAUAUACACACUAGGCCGAUAUUCCAUAUACACACUAGGCCGAUAUUCCAUAUACACACUAGGCCGAUAUUCCAUAUACACACUAGGCCGAUAUUCCAUAUACACACUAGGCUGAUAUUCCAUAUACACACUAGGCUGAUAUUCCAUAUACACACUAGGCCGAUAUUCCAUAUACACACUAGACCGAUAUUCCAUAUACACACUAGGCCGAUAUUCCAUAUACACACUAGGCCGAUAUUCCAUAUACACACUAGGCCGAUAUUCCAUAUACACACUAGGCCGAUAUUCCAUAUACACACUUGGCCUAUAUUCCAUAUACACACUUGACCUAUAUUCUAUAUACACACUAGACCUAUAUUCCAUAUACACACUAGGCCGAUAUUCCAUAUAUACAUUAGGCCUAUAUUCCAUAUACACACUAGGCCUAUAUUCUAUAUACACACUAGACCUAUAUUCCAUAUACACACUAGGCCUAUAUUCCAUAUACACACAAGGCCUAUAUUCUAUAUACACACUAGGCCGAUAUUCCAUAUACACACUAGGCCGAUAUUCCAUAUAUACAUUAGGCCUAUAUUCCAUAUACACACUAGGCCUAUAUUCCAUAUACACACUAGGCCUAUAUUCCAUAUACACACAAGGCCUAUAUUCCAUAUACACACAAGGCCUAUAUUCCAUAUACACACAAGGCCUAUAUUCUAUAUACACACUAACCUAUAUUCCAUAUACACACUAGGCCUAUAUUCCAUAUACACACUAGGCCUAUAUUCCAUAUACACACUAGGUCGAUAUUCCAUAUACACACUAGGCCUAUAUUCCAUAUACACACUUGGCCUAUAUUCCAUAUACACACUAGGCCUAUAUUCCAUAUACACACUAGGCCUAUAUUCCAUAUACACACUUGGCCUAUAUUCUAUCAACACACUUGGCCUAUAUUCCAUGUAUACAUUAGGCCUUUAUUCCAUAUACACACUUGGCCUAUAUUCCAUAUACACACUUGGCCUAUAUUCAUAUACACACAAGGCCUAUAUUCCAUAUACACACUAGGCCUAUAUUCCAUAUACACACUAGGCCUAUAUUCCAUAUACACACUUGGCCUAUAUUCCAUGGACACACUAGGCCUAUAUUCCAUAUACACACUAGGCCUUUAUUCCAUAGACACACUAGGCCUAUAUUCCAUAUAUACACUUGGCCUAUAUUCAUAUACACACAAGGCCUAUAUUCCAUAUACACACUUGGCCUAUAUUCUAUAUACACACAAGGCCUAUAUUCCAUAUAUACACUUGGCCUAUAUUCCAUAUACACACUAGGCCUAUAUUCUAUAUACACACUAGGCCUAUUUUCUAUAUACACACUAGGCCUAUAUUCCAUAGACACACAAGGCCUAUAUUCUAUAUACACACUAGGCCUAUAUUCUAUAUACACACUAGACCUAUAUUCCAUAUACACACUAGGCCUAUUUUCUAUAUACACACUAGGCCUAUAUUCCAUAGACACACAAGGCCUAUAUUCCAUAUACACACUAGGCCUAUAUUCUAUAUACACACUAGGCCUAUUUUCUAUAUACACACUAGGCCUAUAUUCCAUAGACACACAAGGCCUAUAUUCCAUAUACACUAGGCCUAUAUUCCAUAUACACACUUGGCCUAUAGUCCAUAUACACACUAGGCCUAUAUUCCAUCGACAAACUUGGCCUAUAUUCCAAAUAUUACAUCAAUAAAACAACAAAGAAUACAGAGGAUAAUAACGAAAACGUCAUUCAAACUCAAAAUCGAUGGUAAGAUGAAACCAAUACUAUAGAUUUGCACGGGGGCUCAUGAAAAGGCCAGUGAGACCAGAUGCUCCGGAAGUGAAAGAAUCUUUUACUUCAUCGACCAUAACCACCAUACAAAUAUAGGUCAAAUCGGUGUUAAGUCACAAUCUCAAAUGAGAGUUAUGAUAGACCGAGUUUGUUUCGUUCAAUCCUUAUUAUUUAAUUUAAAAAAAAAACUAAAAUAAAACUAGUCCAUAACGAAAAAAUGUUUAAUUGAGGACAACAAGAGUAUUUUUUCUAUGGCACAAGAAUUUUGACAUUGAUCAAACACAGACUGCAUAUUUUUUCUGUGCGCCAUUCGCCAGAAAGAAGCUCAAUUUAAUCUAAAUUCCAAAUUGUUGAUGUAAAAAAAGACAUUAAUGGUAGACCCUAUCUAUGUAAGACAGCAGGAAAAAAUUACAAAAAAUAAAAAGAACUUUUGCGAAAAAUAGUUAUGAUGUCAUCAAAACAUACCGCGACUUCAUUUUUUUCAAUCUGUUACUAAUUAAAAAGAAUAAAUGAAACAAUGAAAAGGCACGUAAAAACUCAAAUCAAAUUAUGAUAUAACUGAAUGUAAAGUGUGCGGUUGGUGUUUCACAGGAAGCGUGUUAUAACAGACCGCAUUCGACGACCACACCUAUGUUAACUUGUUCAGUGAGAUAACCACCGUCUAAUACAUGUAAAGAGACAGGCUUGGUCUCAACAAACCCGCCAAUCAAAUAAACCUAUACAUGUUUUAAUGGUAAACAAAAAAUCACUUGUAUCUAUUUGAUGAAAGCUACAAGUUUAUUUUUAUCGAUUUUAACGACUCGAUUUUAAUUAGAUGUUGAAAAUAGUACAUUUGCUAAAAAAAACAUUGGAGAAUACAAUUCGUUGGAACCCUGAUUUGUUUUUAACACGCGAGUAUUCGUAUCUAAGUCACAUUGCAUGUGCCCGUCGGUAUUGUCAUUUACGUUUUCAUUUCACCUCAAAUAGGCCCUAUAUAGCCAAAUUACUGGUAGAUAGAGUCCACUUAGAUGCAUAAUUAAUCAAAGACUAGAACACACAAAUCAAUUUCCCCGUUAGCAUGUGAUCUACCUGUUCGUUAUCGGCCAGCUUCAAUCAGUCAGUGGCGAGGCCGCAGUAAUUAACACCCUCGUGAUAAGGAGAGGCGUCAAUUCAUUUGUGUUAUUUCGGUAUAUAUAUAAAAACAUCUUGUUAUCUGAACAAUAACAAGGUGUAUAGUUUAAAGUUGAAUGAAGAUACCGAGAUCGAUGUCUUCCCUUAAAGGUGAGUUGCUGGAAGCGGAGAUGUUUGAGUUGAUAUCUACAAGAGCAAAGUACGUACGAUGUGACUGUGACAUGAAACAGCCAUAUUUCUAUUGACGAUUAUCAUAGAAAACUUUACCUGGAUUUUGAUAAUGUGUGCGACACUGCUACAAAAGAGUAAUACAGCAGGAAAACAUAUUGUGUAGCGUUAUUCCAAAGACCUUCGCAAAACCAUUCCCGCUAACGGUACGGGACCUUGGGUGUGAUAGCUAUAAUGCUAGGGAAGGCAUCAUACAACAGUGAAUUCACAAACGUAUAGCUUUGUUCACGUGAACAGAACCAAGACAAAAAGUGCCGAUGUGUCUGUACAAAGUAAAUGUGGAGAGUGUGUUUCGCCGUUUUACCAUACAACAUUGCUUUGCCUUGCACAACGUCCCAGUAUAACUUGAGAUAACACCGAAUUGUCUGAACAAUGAAGUGGAAACGUGUCAAGCUUCGUGUAGUGAUUGGGAUAGCGACUGUGUUAUUGGUAACAUGUAUCGUCCAGUACUAUAGCCUCUUUCAUAAACCAAUAGCUUCUCUCUGUCGACGUAACUUCCGGAAGUAUCCACAUUCUGUGUUCACGAUGUCGAAUGGAGUAUGGAGACGAAAUUCCGCAGUUUGUGGUAAAUGUCCAGAUUUUUGGAAUGCAACGCUGGUAUCACCUGCUGGUAAAACAGCAAUGUUCAUACACAAUCCGGAAUUCGAUGAAGCGAUAUCCGCAACAAUAGAACGGAAACAUACUUACGAACCGGAAACAGCUAUUUUGUUGUUUGACCUAUUAAAUGGUGAACCGGAAGCAAAUUUCGUUGACAUCGGUGCAAACAUAGGUGUUCAUUCAUUACCCAUUGCUCAAUAUGGUCGCAAAGUUAUUUCAGUGGAAGCGUUACAUUUCAAUAUCGAACCUUUAUGUGCUUCCAUAGAUGUAGGAAAUUUAAACGACAGAGUAACCAUAGUACAUAAUGCUAUGACCAAUCAGAGAGGGACAGUUAACCUCGGAGCUGAGGACGGAAACCUAGGAGGCACAUUUGUUGAUCACGAUGCUAAACAUAUCAAAACAUUAAAACAGGGAAGAGUCAACGGCAACUGGUUGAACCCUGUAAACACGGUGACCUUCGAUGACCUCUUGGAUUUACCUGUAAUUGGUGAUUUUCCGAAGGUACUGGUAAAAAUCGACAUAGAAGGGUCGGAACACAAAGCCUUACAAAAAUCAAAAACAUUUUUCAGGCGAACAAAAGUUAUUGGAGUUCUAAUGGAAUGGGAAUUUCACCGCAGUAUGCCUUCUGGGGAAUACAUUAUCACGUACAUGGAGAACAUGAAUUUCGUGCCUCAUUUUCCUAGUAAGACCAGAAAAGUUCUAAACACAAAAGACAGUUCAGACUGGCCGUAUGAUGUUAUGUGGCUUCCAAAAUAAUUCAUGUGUUUGUUAAAAAAGAAUCUAAAAUUAUCUUAAAAAAAUGGAUAAUUUGAAGAGCAUGCGGAACAACAGUACAACUAUAAUUGUUUACUUGGAUGUACGGAGAAACGUUCCCAAAUUAUCACGAUCCGACGUAUAUUUAGUCCUUAUUGCAUCAUUGACAGGUGUCGAAUUAAGAUAAUUAAGUAUUUUUAUAUCUCUCCCUUCUUCAGCUUAGUAAACUCUGAAUAAUUAAGCGUAUACGCAGUGAUAAAUUACUCCGCUGAUUAAUAAGUGCGGGAAACGUCAACUAGAAGGCGCCAUUUUGAAAGGACUGAUCAACGCAAUUUUAGCGUUUUCUUAUGGAACGCCAGAGCUGUCUUAGGUGAUCAAAUAUGAAGUGAGAAUAUAAAAUCGCGUUUGAUUACACAUGAAAUAAUGUUUUAUCAACUUUAAAACUUGUUAAUAAUUGUAAAAUUGAAGACAACAUUUCAAUAUUUUUCUUUCAUGAUGAUUAAAAUAAUGAAUUUGUGUGGAACUAUAUUUUGUGUACUUGUGUACUUGAUUACCUUUCCCGCCAAAUUGGAACUAUCUGUUACGCUGUUACAUCGAUCAUUCAGCUGUUUCGUCACUACGUAUAACGAACGUAGAAUACUGUUUCUUAUGAUUUUUUUCAUAGAUUACGUUGA